GGUGCCGCCAUGGAGCACAUCACCACCCCGAAGGUUGAAAAUGUGAAAUUACUAGAUCGCUAUACAAAUAGGAAGGCAGCGAAUGGGACGUUAUACCUGACAGCUACCCACCUUAUCUAUGUAGAUGCUUCUGCUGAAGUCCGAAAAGAAACAUGGAUUCUGCAUCACCAUAUUGCAACUGUAGAAAAAUUGCCUCUGACCACGGCUGGAUAUCCACUCCUAAUUCACUGCAAGAACUUCCACAUGGCUCACUUUGUUAUUGCGCAGGAACGUGACUGUCACGAAGUGUAUACCUCAUUGCUUAAACUUUCACAACCAGUGAAACCUGAAGAACUUUAUGCUUUUUCUUACAAUCCUAAAAUGUCUAAAGAGAACCGGGAGAUUGGAUGGAAGCUGAUUGAUUUAAAAGUAGAUUACCAGCGUAUGGGAAUUCCAAAUGACUAUUGGGAAAUAACGGACGUUAAUAAAGACUAUGAGGUUUGCAACACGUAUCCUCCAGAAAUAGUGGUGCCUAGAGCUGCUAAUAAGGCGGUGGUGAUUGGAAGUUCAAGGUUCAGAAGCAGAGGGCGGAUUCCGGUGCUUUCUUACUUAUAUAAAGAAAACAAUGCUGCCAUAUGUCGUUGUAGCCAGCCUCUCUCCGGGUUCAGCGCGCGCUGUCUCGAGGAUGAACAAAUGCUGCAGGCGAUCAGAGAAGCCAACCCUGGGAGCCCCUUCAUGUAUGUUGUAGACACGAGGCCAAAGUUAAAUGCCAUGGCCAACCGAGCUGCUGGGAAGGGUUAUGAGAAUGAAGAUAAUUAUGAUAACAUUCGUUUUAAGUUUAUCGGCAUAGAAAACAUCCAUGUGAUGCGGAACAGCUUGCAGAAACUCCUGGAAGUGUGUGAAAUGAAGUCCCCCUCAAUGAGCGAUUUCCUCACUGGACUGGAGAACUCAGGUUGGUUACGGCACAUUAAGGCUGUGAUGGAUGCAGGUGUCUUUCUUGCCAAGGCUGUGAAAGAUGAAAAAGCUAGCGUGUUAGUCCACUGCUCUGAUGGGUGGGAUCGCACAGCGCAGGUCUGCUCCCUGGCUAGCCUCCUCUUAGAUCCAUUUUAUAGGACUUUUAAAGGCUUCAUGGUUCUAAUAGAAAAGGAGUGGAUUGCAAUGGGCCACAAGUUCUCACACAGGUGUGGCCAUUUGGAUGGUGACCCCAAAGAAGUAUCCCCUGUCUUCACUCAGUUUGUUGAAUGUGUCUGGCAGCUCAUGCAGCAGUUCCCAUGCACAUUUGAGUUUAAUGAGCGUUUCCUUCUUGAAAUCCACGACCAUGUCUACUCCUGCCAGUUUGGCAACUUCCUUGGGACCUGUCAUAAGGAGCGUGAGGAUCUGAAAAUCUUUGAGAAGACCCAUUCUCUGUGGCCUUUCCUCUUACAGAAGAAGCAGGAACUGAGAAAUCCUUUGUACAAAGGUUUUACAGCUUACAAAGAGCUUCAACCAAACACUCUACCUUUCAGUUUCCAGUUUUGGUGUGGGAUGUAUAAUCGCUUUGACAAAGGAAUGCAUCCAAAACAGUGUGUGUUGGAUCAUCUGCUAAGCUGCAUGAGCCAAAAGAUGAAACUGGAGGACAAUGCAUCUGAACUGGAAAACAAACUUCCUUUCCUUGAUGGUCCUUUGCCCGGUGAAGCUUGCUCCUUACCUAAAGUAGGACGUGCUGCUUCAAAAACACCGAUGCUCAACACUCCUCAGGAUUAUGAAGGGGAACCACCUCCUGUGUUGAGCAAUGGCGCCUCAGCAGGGCAUAUAGAUGAUAUGUCAGAUGUGGACCAAAAGCACAGAGAGAACCUGUCUCAUCACCAGGACCUCCACGAUCUUAAUGACGCCGUUGACGCGUUAGACUCCGAAGCUAAGGGUGGAAAGCUGCAGCAGCAGCAUUGAUCAGCUCAAUGAGCCAGGCGUUUGUGGUGGUGAGACCGAAGGGAGCUGUGCCCCCGCGGGGGUGUGGAGCCCCUAACCGUUUACAGCUAAGUGUGAGUGCGUAUAUUUGCAGGG